AUGCCGCGCUUCACUCAAGCUCAAGUGGAAGACGAUGAGAGCAAGUUAUUUGCCUAUCGUCAGGAACAUUUUAAGAUGGCCGCACGUGUUGAUAUUUCUCGCCUUGUUUUCGACAAAACCUUCAAACGGCAAAUGAGCAACCGCCAAAAUAUUGAUCGACUCGAGCGAAUUAUGAGCACUCAGGGGUGCCACCGUCUCAUGGAGGAGUGUCAUGUUCCAGUGCUGGUUUCUGCAAGAGAUUGGGAAAGUCGUGUUAGACCACGGACGGUAGAUGGCCAGUUUCAACAACUGGACGUGGAUAUCGACUACGAGCUGCGAGGAUUGGACCACGAAAGUUUGAUUAUUGCUGCCCGGAAUAGGCUCCGCCCUAGCAACCAAUGGUGGAUUGUGGAUGUAUACGUAACGGAGCCAAUAGCUAGUGAGCAGCCUUUGCAGAAGGAAUUUAUUCGCUCGCUCCAGGAGCGCUUUCCGAAUGAUCACAGACCUUCAGAUGGACUGAUAUAUCAACGAAUUCGAUAUUAUGAAGGAUACCUUGAUGGCCCUAUAAACACCAAUGCAGCAAAUCAAUGGUGGGCUACCCUGGAAAGGGUUUCUGGGAGCAAGAAGAGCAAAUACCUGCGAGCCUUUCUCAAGCAUCCAACCCUACCUCAAGCCUUUGAUGAGCUGCUUCCCAUCGCGGGUAUUUGGGAAGGCAUGAAGAUCGGGGUACUCCAUAAGCUGGUGGCAAUGCGGUGUGAUGAGCCAGUUCUAUGUUAUCUGGCCCAUAUCAAGAGAACAUUCACCAGCUUGGUGGGGCACCGGUAUGACCUUCUGGCACGAUUAGAUGGAGUCACCAUCCAAUUCUUAACGUCUCGUGUACCCAAGAUCUCUGUCCGGGACUUGAAAUUUCUAGAAGUUCGCAUGUCAAAAGAAGAGCUCUUCCCUGAUAUUGAUAAUGAUCAGGACCGCGCUGAAAUUUGGGAACGGUUGAAGAACAUUGAUUACCCUAUUCCGACUUUGGAGACAUUCUUCCAAGACAGGCUCAUACUUGAGGUCGGCCGGAGUGUACUGCAACGAAUUUGCAUACCUGAUCCUCAGCGAAAGCUCACGAUCGACGAGGGACUCGGCGAGCAAUAUGAUACUGCCGUUCCUGUCCUGACUUCAGAUCGACAGUAUCGGAUUCGACGUGAGCUUUUUGAGUUUUGGCGUUUCAGCUUUCAGUACGGAUUUGAUAUGACGAAUCAUCAGCGCCGAAUACCGCGAACAGAAUCUCGAAUCCAACGCACAGCGGUACUGGGAUCGACAGAAAGUCAGAAUACGCCCGAUAGGUUGAAUCUCUGGCAACAUCUAUUCUGGUUGGCCAGUGAAAGCCGAUUUCGCACUCCUUCUGUGGAUGGGACCAGUGGUCAUCCAGCUGAACUACCUCCCCUCAUACAAUGUGACUAUCCCGAAAGUGUCGAAGAGGAGCUACCGGUAGAGCGAAGGUGUGGGAAGCCAUAUGCGGAUUCUGUGGAUGCAGACCGUUUUGCACUCUCACGGGAGGCAUUGGAACGCCCUCGGGAAGAAUCCCGAGUCACUUCAGGAUUUGCUCAACGAUCGGUUUUUUUGGCCUUUUUCCGUUAUCUCAAAGAUGAUCCUGAAAGCUACUCAUUUACAAGAAAUUCUCCAGAAGUGAGCAAUACUACUACGACUGGAAUUUUUACAGGAGUAAUUAAUCCGGACGAGAGGAUACCAAGUCCAGUUACCGCGCCGCAAGAGAGCACCAUGCCUUCGCCCCCCGCUUUGAAUACCCCAC